AUGAAGAAAUGGUAUGCUUGUGUAUUUUCAGCAUCCUUGUUGAUGUUAUUUUUGCUUGGGUAUUAUGUGGUGAGAAACCCUUUGAAAGAAAAUGAUCUUACUAGUCCAACCCCGAUCUUCACUUCAACAAAUCCUCUUGAGUGGAUAAAUGCUGGUACAUUACCUGAACCGCAGAGUCAAGGCAAUCCCCUUGAAUGGAUAAAUUCUGGUGUUUCUCAUGAAGUACAGAAUCCAGGAAAUGCUUCUGAAGUGAUUUCUACUGAAGUUAUAGUCGCUGAUCUUUUCAAUAAGAGGAAUCUAUCAUUCCACGAGGAGCAAUCUCUAGAUGCCUGGAACCAUUUCCGGCAUUUAGUCAGACAUGCUCAGGCACUGCCUAAUGGUUUAGAGGCUUUUAAAGAAGCCAGUUUGGCUUGGAAGAACCUUUUGGCAUCAGUUGAAGAGGAAAAGAUGCACAAAAAUGAGAGUUCAGAGAAGAAAGGAAAACAGAAACAGUGUCCUCAUUAUCUUAGUGAGAUGAAUGCCACAGAACUUGGUCAUAAUGGCUUUAAGUUGCAGGUUCCUUGUGGGUUAACUGAAGGCUCUUCAAUAACACUUAUUGGCAUUCCAAAUGGUCUUAUGGGUAAUUUCCGGAUUGACUUAACUGGGGAACCACUGCCUGGCGAGCCUGAUCCUCCUAUUAUCUUGCACUAUAAUGUUCGGCUCCAAGGUGAUCAACUAACUGAGGAUCCUGUGAUUGUUCAAAAUACCUGGACAGUUGCACAUGACUGGGGGGAAGAAGAGCGUUGCCCAUCUCCUAAUCCUGAGAAGAAUAAAAAAGUUGAUGAAUUGGACCAAUGCAACCAGAUAGUUGGCAAAGAUGAGAACCACACCAUUACGAUUGGUAAACCCUCAAAUGCAACCGCAAAGACUUCUAUGUUACAGGAUGGAUCUGGACCAAGAAAAUAUUUUCCCUUCAGGCAAGGUUAUAUAUUUGUGGCAACACUUAGGGUGGGAUCAGAAGGAAUUCAGAUGACUGUAGAUGGGAAGCACAUCACAUCAUUUGGUUUUCGUGAAACUUUGGAGCCCUGGCUUGUUAAUGUAGUAAAGAUAUCCGGGGACAUAAAGUUAGUUUCUGUUGUUGCUAGUGGAUUACCUACAUCAGAAGAUUUAGAACACAUUAUAGACAUUGAAGCUCUGAAAGCGCCUCCAUUGCCUCCACGGACAUUGUUGAACCUUUUCAUUGGUGUGUUUUCAACUGCAAACAAUUUUAAACGCAGAAUGGCAGUUAGAAGAACUUGGAUGCAGUAUGCUCCGGUGCGCUCUCGGAAAGUUGCUGUUCGUUUUUUUGUUGGUUUGCAUAAGAAUCAGAUGGUAAAUGAGGAACUAUGGAAUGAGGCAAUGACUUAUGGUGACGUCCAGCUGGUGCCCUUUGUUGAUUAUUAUAGCCUAAUCACAUGGAAGACUUUGGCGAUUUGUAUAUUUGGGACGGAGGCUGUUUCGGCAAAAUAUGUGAUGAAGACAGAUGAUGAUGCGUUUGUUCGGAUCGAUGAGAUUUUGGCUUCCUUGGAUCGAAUCAAUGUGACUCGUGGUGUGCUUUAUGGUCUUAUCAAUUCCGAGUCACAUCCUCAUCGAAAUCCUGAUAGCAAGUGGUUUAUAAGUCAGCAGGAAUGGCCCGAUGACAGUUAUCCUCCUUGGGCACAUGGUCCAGGGUAUGUUGUAUCUAAAGAUAUAGCAAAAGGUAUAUACAGAAAAUACAGGAAGGGCCAACUGAAGAUGUUCAAGCUAGAGGAUGUUGCCAUGGGGAUAUGGAUUGCAGAGAUGAAGAAGCAAGGUCUAGAAGUGAGAUACGAGAAGGAUGAGAGGAUUUUCAACGAGGGAUGCAAAAAUGGCUAUGUUGUUGCCCAUUAUCAAAGUCCUCGAGAAAUGCUCUGCCUUUGGGAGAAACUUCAGGAGGCAAAACGCGCUAAUUGUUGUGGCGAUUAA